GAAGAAUAAACGAAAAAGAAACGAGAAAUUAAAAAUUUCACAACUGAUAUUUGAAAUUACAAUUGCUUCAGAAAAUAGUGAAUAACUACAAUAACAAUGCGUUCCCUACCAAUGUUGCUACGCAUGGCUGAGGAGCUAACACGAAUGCCACGCAUCUCGCCCUUCCAUGCCUUCUUCAACGAGCCGAUGUGGACAAGUGUUGCAGUGCCUCGCAAUUGGCAGCAAAUCGCACGCUGGCAGGAUCAGCAGUGGGCCGCCACACCCAAUGUGGGCAAAAAUGGUUACCAGGUGUCCAUCGAUGUCAGUGACUAUAAACCGAAUGAGUUGACCGUCAAAAUGCGGGACAACGCCGUCAUCAUUGAGGGUAAAUCCGAGCAGCAAGAGGGCGAACAAGGAGGCUACAUUUCACGUCACUUCCUCCGACGUUUCGCCCUGCCCGAGGGCUAUGAGGCAGACAAAGCCAUCUCCACACUCAGCUCCGAUGGCGUCCUCACUGUCAGCGUCCCCAAUCCACCAGCCAUUGAGGAGGCGCUUAAAGAACGUGUGGUUCCAAUCCAACAAACUGGACCGGCAGAAUUGAACAUCAAGCCAAAUCCACCCAUUGAGAACAAAGCCGAAACCAUCGAACCAACUAACCAGAAGGAGAAGCAAUAAGGAGCCAAUCCUACAGAGCAUGAGAUAGUUGGACUGAGUCCCUUCGUUAUUUAGUCCUCUAGUGUCGUUAUUAGUCCCUUAUGUAAAUUUACCCUUAAUUUAAAUAUCGAUUAGCUUUUACAAAAAUUUAAAAAAUAAAUAGGCGCCUAUGCAACACACCAAA